CCUACUUACAGACAUGUCCUCAGUUCGGCAUCUAUGACAGUAUUAACUAUAGCUCAUUGUGAUAUAGAUGCUGCUUAUGCUCAAUUCGAACAAGUUCGGCUUGGUUUACCUGAUGACAUACCUUUGAUAUGUGCGCAAUGGCAGAGUAUUAUAGCUGUUAAUUAUCCUGCGAGGAAAUAUGGUAUUAAACGAUUCAACACCAUUGACGAAGCCAAGAAAAUGUGCCCUCAUUUAGUAGUUCAACACGUUGCUACGUAUCGGAACGGGGAAGCUGAAGCUGGUUAUUGGGGUGAAGUUGACCCUCGGACGCACAAGGUGUCAUUAGAUCCGUAUCGCCGAGAAAGUUUGAAAAUCUUGGCCAUCUUCAAAGAGAUGGUACCUCGAGGAGAGAUUGAAAAAGCCUCGAUCGACGAAGCUUUCUUGGAUCUCACUACCCAAGUCCUCGAACGUCUACUAGAACGUUUCCCCUAUCUCUCCCAAGUCCCUCCAGAUGCGCCGGAAGGACUCGACUCGGCCCUUCCUACCGCACCACCGGUCAAUUGGCAGAACUCUGGCAACGUUUUUCCUAUCGACGGUGAGACUGAUCCCGCGUUAGGAAUAGAGGAACCGGACGGGUCGCAAGAGCCGGAAGGAAAGUGGGAAGAUUGGGCACUUUGUAUCGGCGCUGAGAUCAUGUCGGAGCUUCGUGCAGAGGUGUAUAAACGAUUACAUUACACAUGCUCAGCUGGCAUAGCACAUAAUAAAGCUAUGGCAAAGUUGUGCUCGGCGUGGAAAAAACCGAAUAAUCAAACUGUCCUGCGCAUAGCUGCGACCCCGGCUUUCCUACGAAAUAUGGACUUUACAGAUAUCCGUUUUUUGGGCGGUAAAUUAGGAAAUGCGAUCGCGACUGAAUACGGGGCCAAGACUGUCGGCGAUAUGCUGACAGUCCCCUUGGACGAAUUACAACGGAGAUUUGGAGAAGAGAGCGUUUGGGUCUAUAACAUCAUCAGGGGGAUUGACCACACCGAGGUCAAAGAACGCGUGACAACCAAAUCGAUGUUAGCAAGCAAAAACACCCGUCCGGCAGUGACGACCCCCGCUCAAGGAUUACAUUGGAUCCAAGUCCUCUCUGGUGAACUCAACGUGAGAUUACGAGAAGCUCGAGAGGUAUCUCCAGGUCUAUGGCCCAAAACUCUGGUUCUGUCACAUCGUACGGGUGGUGAAGCAAGUCGAUCUCGUCAAACUCCUUUUCCUUUCACAAGGGAUUUGUCGACAGAGUAUAUAGUCAAGUACGCCAGUAAGCUAUGGGCGGAAGUAUGUCAACCUAUGGAACAUGGGAGUAUGAAGGUGAACAAUAUGGCUUUAGCUUUCAACGGUUUAGAAAAACUUGAAGAUGGUCAAAAAGGAAUCGAAGGGUUUUUCUCCAAUCCAUCUAAUCUGAAACGUCCACACGAACGUCUACGAUCCAAAUCGCCUCAUCCGCCAUCUGAAGAAGCUCAGACGUCCACAUCGACACCACCGCCGAAGGGAGAAUCACCGAUGAAGAAACCUCGAUUACCAACGUUACACACUGGGAAAGAAAAACGAAAGACGGUGUUGGAGACAUUCCUAAGAAACUCGACUAACUCCCCUUCCUUAUCGGAAGUAACAAAAGUCGAUGCGGACCCACCAGACGUGGUGUCAGACAUCGUGGUCGGCACAGCAGAGCAGGAAGACGCAGAGACAUGGUCUUGUCCUCGAUGUAAGGAAAGGUUCACACUUUCACGCUUUGGGUCGAUGGAAGGGGAGGAUGUCGUUGAUGUAGAAGAAAGAAAUAAGAGGAUGAGAGAGGUUCAGCAAGAACAUGAAGAUUAUCAUUUUGCCAAAGACCUUCAAGAAGGGGUUGAACCUCGACGAGCUCCUGUAGCACAGGUUAAACGGAAAGCAGAAGGUAUCAAAGCUUUCUUUCGACCUAGAUAG